AUGGCAAGGAAAGUUGCGACGCCGAGGGGCAGCCGGUGCUUCAAGUCCAGAACCCGAAAGUUGAUAGUCGCGUGCCUCGGCGGCAUCUUACUGUUUUCUAGUGAGCAAGGCGCUGCUGCCGAUCAUCCACAGAUCGUGAAGGCCAAGUCCGGGGGGAACACAAAGCUUCCAGUCGUGCAGAAAGGUGUUGCAACAUGCGACUUGGAGCUGGCGGAAAGUCCGAUUGGGGUGGACGCGCAACACGCGGUCGUGACACUUUCAGAGAGCCAGCUGACAGUCGCUUUGCAGUGCAAAGGCAACGGAAACAAUGUGGUACCACAAACGGAUGGCACCGUUUGUACUGGCACGAACGAUACACCAGUGAAAACAUGCGCAGCUGAAAGGAACCGGAAUGUAACGCAGGUGGGUCUGAAGGAUCUCCUCGGAGCCAGCACGGAUAUAAAAGCGGCGAAGAGACGUCUCCAAACUACCCCCAACGUCGAGGAGUGGAGCUUGAUCCUAGAAAAAUCACAACUUCCCCGCACUGAUGAGUCCUUCUUUGUCGGAUGUAAGUCUCCCGCUGACGAGAAUUCCGACUCUAAGUGCAAACUGGAUGUAACUGUGAAAGCAAGAGUCUCUUCUGUUGAAGGCAACGUCGUUACGUGUGCGUACGGUGCGGCAAGCAACGGCGAAGAACCCUUGACUGUGGACAUGACCCAAGAGAACAACAAACUGACAAUCGAUUGUGGCGACGAAGGCUCCCUCAAGCCUGCAGGUUUCAAUAAUUUCUGCACGUCUGACGACAAGGACCUGGAGACUUGCUCGAAACAGUUCGUUGAGAUGUUCCCGAACUUUCAGAAGAGCUGGUGGCAGACGACCGACGCUGAGGGGAGUCCGGCAACUCUUACCAUUCCUCCGAGUGACUUCCCUUCCGAAGAAAAACAGUUCCUGUUAGGUUGCGCGCCGACGAAGAAAGUGCCACAAGGGGCAGGCGGGAGAGCUGCUGAUGGGCAACCCGUGUCAGGCGCUGGGAACCCGUCCACAUGCAAGGUGUUGGUGACUGUGAAGGCAGCCAGCUCAUCAGCAUCUGCGAUGUCCGCACUGCCGAUGGCAGCCGGAGUGUCCGGAGCUGCCGCUGUGGUGACAGGUCUUCUUGCGCGUGCCUUCUAG